AUGUCAUCAAUUAAAUCUGUUAAAUUUGCUGACACAAUACCAACUAAUAAUCAUGAUUCUCGUAUUAUUAUUAAUGUUGGUGGUACAAGAUUUGAAACACAACGAACAACAUUAAAAAAAUUACCAGCCACACGUUUAUCAAAACUAACACCACAAUUAUCAUAUUAUGAUCCAGUAUUAAAUGAAUAUUUUUUUGAUCGACAUCCUGGUGUUUUUUCACAAAUCCUUAAUUAUUAUCGAACUGGUCGACUACAUUAUCCAACCAAUGUAUGUGGACCAUUAUUUGAAGAUGAACUUAAUUAUUGGGGUAUACAACGAGAAGAAGUUGAACCUUGUUGUUGGAUGACUUAUACAAAACAUCGAUCAACACAAGAAACAUUACAAGUAUUAGAUUCAUUAGAACUCGAUACAGUUCGAUCAACACCUGAUGAUAUUAUUAAAAAAUUUGGUUGGGAAAAUGAUCAUAAUUUAAUUAGUACCGGUCAAUUAUCAGUACGUAAACGUUUAAUAAGUAUAAUAUGGCAAUUAUUUGAAGAACCAAGAUCAUCAUUAAUGGCUAAAAUAAUUGCUGUUAUAUCAAUGUUUUUUAUAAUUCUUUCAAUUGCUUUAUUUAUUCUUCGUACAUUACCAGUAUUUGAUAUAACUGAAUAUGAUAUUUUAACUGACUAUACGAAUGAUAAUUUAACUGAAGAAAUACUUGUACAUAAUACACAACGACAUGAAAUUAUUUCAGGUUUUGAUACUAUGGAAUGGAUUUGUAAUUCUUGGUUUGUAUUUGAAAUUAUAUUAAGAUUUUUAGUUGCACCAUCAAAAAGAGCAUUUUGUACAUCAAUACUUAAUUGGAUUGAUUUUCUUGGUACAUUUUGGUUUUUUUUUACUUAUAUUAUCUAUAAUAUAUUUCGUUUUGAUGGUUAUAAUGCUGCAUUAGAUCUUUUAUCAACAAUACGUGUAGCACGUAUGUUUAAAUUAUGUAAUCUUCAUCCACGUUUAAAAGUUAUUAUAACAUCAAUGUCAUAUUCAUCAAGUGUAUUAAGUUUAUUAAUAUUUUUCUUUUUUCUUGCUAUUAUGAUAGCUGGUUCAUCAAUGUAUUAUGCUGAACGUUUAAGUAAUUCAUCUGAUAGUCAAUUAAUAUCAAUUGCUGAAGGUAUAUGGCUUGCAAUAAGUACAAUAAGUACACUUGGUUUUGGUGAUAUUGUACCUAAAUCAUUGACUGGAAUGAUAUUUGGUGCUAUAACAACAAUUGUUGGUGUAUUAAUUAUUGAUUUACCAAUGCCAAUUAUUGUUGAAACAUUUGCUAAUUUUAAUUCACAUUUACAAGCUCGACAACAAUUACCUAAACAAAGACGACGUGUAACACGAGCUAUUAUACCAAGAAAAAUAAAUCCAUUAAUGCCAUCAAAUGGACAUGAUCAUCAACAUCGUUUUUAA